UGAAUUAAUUCAGGCAAACACUGCUGCAGCAGCAUGAAUCGAGCAACAUAGUUGAGGAAAGACAAGUGAUCGAUCGUACUUCGGGAUAGGGGACAUAUGUUAAAGAAUACGUCGCAGUCACGAGAGCAGGAAGACUUAGUAGCUGCAGAUGUGCCUGUGCGAGUGGCCAAAGACACUGAACAGAGCACCACCGCAUACGAGUGGCAUAGGACAGGAUAGCUAAAGAAACACGUCCCUUUCCCUUCCAACAAAUUUAUCGUUUAUCGAAAGAAUUAACACAAGAUUCUCUCGUUAACGGGCCCCUUGUUCGGUAAGCUUAUCACAAUGCAAUAUUUAACCAGCAUCGAGAGCAUUCGCCUGAGGCGCACCAGUAACAGAUGAACAGAUGGCAAUGUCCUCGAAAAGAAAAACAAAACAAAAACAAGUACACAUAAAAGAACUAACAUGUAAGCCCACACCCUUCCGACAAACAGAGCAUCAUAGGUGAUCAACACCGUUGGCCGUGUUUUAAGCAGUAAAUGCAGACCCGCACAUAAGGGAUAUAACAACAAGCAAACGAUUGGAAAUAGGUCAUACCCCGAAGACUCAUUCCUCACCCGUGCACACAAGCGUAGAUGGUUAAGAUUUGUUGCCAUUUUCAUCGUGAUUGCAUCGCUUCCCCCAAUGUUCUCGCUUUCUUCUCGAGCGCGCGUCAGUUGCAUUUGCUCCUUACCGUGUCUCUGCUGCGUCAAGUUUCUGCCGAUCGUACCCGCGCUUCGUCGGUUAUACAUAGCAAAAGUAAGGCUGGCUAACAUUAUUGAAUCGUCCUUCAUACUCCAAUCACACUGCACGGUGUGCCAGUAGUAGGAAAAAUAAGUACAACAACCGAGCGCGUACUUAGAACAUGCAUACCGCCUAUCGCAAUCAAACAGAGUCAGAAUACAAUCGUCCUUAAACAUCCGUUUCACUACGAAAACAAGUUUUACAGCUUAUAAUAUUGCCAUCGAUUUCAAUCUAAUAAAACCACUUUCCCAUUUUAAAUUACGCAAAAACUCACUGAUUUCAAUAGCAGUGCGAGGAUACUUCGCGCUUUCGCAGCUAGUGCUUUCAACUGUACCUCUAUCGUUCUUUUCGAUGAUGGAAAUCAUGAACGAGUUCAUCCUUCGACAUCGCCUGUGUACUCGAAUCAUUUCCUCCGUUUGACGAGCGAAUCACUCGCAACAAAGUAACAACAAGCAUACACAGACAUACAAUCGAAAUAUAUGAGCUCUAUCACUUCGGUUUCAACUCUAGUUCUUACCCUAAAUAGAUGCAUUCUAGCGCCAGGGUAUUUUAUUUGCACUUAAUAAUGAUUCACGGUCCACUAGAUCGAUGUUUUGAACGAUUUUGAUCACUUCCACGAUCGGUAGUUACAAAAUAUUUGCGAUUGGGAGUUCAAGGAGACAAUUCUACAUGUAAAAUUUAAAACAUGAGAACAGAGCUAGCAAAGCGAUACAGUCUUUCAGGGAAUGCAGAAGCUGAAACGUACGAGUCAGAUGGAAUCUCAUUUCAGCUAUAAUUCCCUGAAUGUUUACCACUAACACUACCCACGCAUGAGAUCAGCAAUCGCGUGGGUUUGUCCAUGAUCAGUGAUGGAGAGCUAUCUUACAUUUGUAUCAUUUUUCUACUCCUGCUGGUCUAGUGCAAAAUGAUUGUUUUACAUUUACGUCCUUCGAUUGAUAUCUCCUUUUCGAAAAGAGUUAAUUCAUUGCAAUCUUCGUAUACGAACGCGCAAGGCUUACGGACAGACAUGCAGCAACAAGACUGUUCGUGUUCGUGUAGAACAAGAAGCAGAAGUUUGAACAAAGGCAAAAACACAACAGUACCCAAGAAACUGAACAGCGAGGAGGCAAGGGGAAGCGAACGUAAGGACUACACACUACAUACUAUCUGAUAAAUAAAUAGCAAAAGCAAAAGAUACACAGUUUGAAAAUAAGUGUAAAAUUGAUUAAUUGAUAAGUAAUAUAAUUUAAUUGAUUAUUAGACAAAUACACGAACAGCUCGAUUAAACGUCAAAGAAAUGCACCGAAUAACAAACGGAGCGUUGUUUAAGAAGAUAACAUACACGGGCAAAACAUUGAUUACCGCUGAUGUUGCAGAUGCAACUCGAGAAAAAAAGCGACAGUCGCUUCAUGGAGUAAUAAAAGAAUGUUGAUCAUACACAAAUGAGCAAGAACCGCAAACAAAACGGGAUGAGAGAUAAAUAUUGGCCGAUACCAUUCGAAGAUAGAGAUUCGAUGAUACACGCAGGUAAAAGUAAAUCACAUCGUAAGACAUUAUGUGGAAGGGCACGCGUACGUACAUCCCCGAUCGUUUAUGGUCGUUUAUGCAAAAUCAAAUACAGUUAUCACAAGUGUAAAACAAACUUAUGGCAUUGGUAUCGAUUAUUCCCUGUUUGCAUGUUUUUAACGGUGGAACGACCAAAAUCUGCACGUCGUACUCACACGCACAUGCGGUUGCAGAUGAGAGUAGCUUAAAAAAGGUCAGCAUUACUUAACGAUCAUUUGAGCGCAUUUUGAAUCUAAGCAAGUGUUUGUCUUCAAACCACAAACAACCUUCCUUCUCAUCUGAGAAAUGUAGCACAUUUUCUUUCCAAUACGCAUCGACGAGUACUACUAGCACUUGGAAUGCUGGUUACGCUCAUGUGCUCAGAACUACUUCCAUCAACGCCUCUGAGCAAGUCAAUAACGCGCCUUUCAUAAGCACAUUAUUGCCUCUGCUUGGUUUCGUCAUCUUCAGGCACCAGUUGCUUGAAGGUUGAUUUUCAAACGACGAGAGAUGGCAUACAAAAUUGAAUAAACGUUAAAAUAUCGAUAAGAAACUAUUCUUCAGCAAGUACGCAAUAACGCUAAUAACAAAAGCAAAAAACAUGUUUCAACUAUUAAAAAAUCAACAGAAAAAAAAACACUUUAAACUACUGUGUUACGCGAUCUUAUGUCAUUGACGAGAAAAGAAAUUUUUGUCUACAUCCAUUUUUACUGCUAUUGAGGAAGUUUAAAGCAACGGUAAAAUAAAAAAAAAAUCUAAAAUCUGUUCACCUAUUCUAAACACAGCUAUUUAUAUUAUAAACAUUUUAUUUCAUUUUUGUUUGUCUCUUUGUCUAAUUAUUCUGUAUUUUACACAUAUUACUUUUAAGCCGUUUUGAUCUGCCAAUGUGUUGAUUGUUCGUUUUCAUUGUU